GCGCUCUGGGAAGCUGGACAGUCACAUUAGGACGCUGGGACUGAGGAAGCCGCUGCUUUUCCAGUGGGAUAAAACCCGAUCUUCCUUACUCAAGGUGCUUUACAGAUCCCCACCGAUCUCACCCUAAGUCGUGCAAUAUCCAGCAUAGACUUCGUCUUCUUCUUCUUCUUCUACUCUUCUAUAAUUUUUUUGUUAUUGUUGUUGGCGCUUUUUUUUUGUUGUUUUUUUUUGUUUUGUUUUUAUUGCACUACAUGUUUGGGAAACAAGACAAAAUGGACGUUAGAUGCAGUUCAGAGACUGAAGCUAACCGGGUCUCGAAGAACGGACAUAAAGAGGGCAAGGAAAGCAAAGGGUCUGAAGGAAAUAUUUCUACUUCUUUUUUGAAGGAUCAGCAAGGGACUUUUUCUGCCUCUGCAGCCACGGAAGGUUGUAAUAAAAGUAAAUCUAGUUCGGCUGAUCCGGACUAUUGCAGGAGGAUCCUAGUUAGAGAUGCCAAAGGUUCAAUCCGAGAGAUUAUUCUGCCUAAAGGGCUUGAUCUGGACCGUCCCAAGCGGACCCGCACCUCCUUCACGGCCGAGCAGCUCUAUCGCCUGGAGAUGGAGUUCCAGCGCUGCCAGUACGUCGUGGGCCGGGAGCGCACCGAGCUCGCCCGCCAGCUCAAUCUCUCCGAGACUCAGGUCAAGGUCUGGUUCCAGAACCGGCGCACCAAGCAGAAGAAGGACCAGGGCAAGGACUCCGAGCUGCGCUCGGUGGUGUCCGAGACCGCCGCCACCUGCAGCGUCCUGCGGCUGCUGGAGCAAGGCCGGCUGCUGUCUCCGCCGGGGCUGCCGGGCCUCCUGCCGCCCUGUGCCACGGGCGCGCUGGGCUCGGCGCUGCGCGGGCCCGGCCUGGCCGCGCCGGGCGGCGGCAGCGCGGCGGCGGCUCCGGGCGGCGGCGGCGGCUCCCCGCACCCUCCGGCCGCCAGCGGAGCCGCCGGGCCGCCCCCGCCCGCAGCGCUGCACGGGGCGGCGGGCGGGCACGGGCUGUUCGGGCUGCCGGUGCCCGCGCUGCUUGGCUCCGUGGCCGGCCGCCUCUCCUCCGCGCCCCUGGCCGUGGCCGGCUCACUGGCGGGCAACUUGCAGGAACUGUCGGCCCGCUACCUGAGCUCGUCCGCCUUCGAGCCCUACUCCCGGACCAACAAUAAAGAGAGCGCUGAGAAAAAGCACUGGACUGACUCUAACUGAAGCAGAAAACCACGGAACCAGAUGUAGGAGGGGGAAAAUAAAAGAGUUCAAUCCAGACAAGUUGGGCCCACAAAGUUUGUCACA